AUGGAAGAUACCACGUUUCGCUACAUGCGUCAGUCGGCCGGUCGUCUUGUUGCCGGGCUCAUCUGCCCAGUGCUCAUUCUGGGGAGGUGGAGCGACCCGGUUACUAGGCCUGCCGGCCGGUCUGGCCUCUUCUCGGGCUCGCUGCCUCCGGCCCUCUUGACGGCCGCCUCGGUGCCUUCCCUGCCCCCCACAACACCCACCCCCACCCACCUGGCAACCGUUUCCCUCGAGUCUCGUCUCCACCCAACGGCCGGCCCACCACCGCUGCUGCCACUGCAGACCGCCGCCUCUCUGCCUCUCGUCCCGAGCGGGACUCGACUGGGCGACUUUCGUCUUGUCCCCAGUCAACGUUGCUUCCCUCCGCCGGGCCCCAACCCCCCAGCGACUGCACAUCUUGUCUCCAAGUCCGGCCACUCGAGCGCCGAUUUGUCCGUCAUCUACCCCGCCGGCGCCCCACCCAGCCUGCAACCGGGUCAAUCGGCUCUGCACACCUGCCCGCCCGUCGGCAAGGCGGCAACGUCGUCUAACGUCGUGUCGCCGGGCAACGCUGCUUCGACGCCGACCAGUAAUCCUGCCGGCGGCCUCACGAGUCCCGCCACGACCGGUCUCAGCGGCAUGUUGGUCGUCCACUUGAUCGCCGGUUCGGGGCUCAACUCUUCGCAUGUGUUGCUACGCGACUUGUACUGCGUGUUGGAGACGGAUGCAAUACGCAAAGCGCGUUCGAUGAUCCGGACGAGUCGAGAGUACUUUGAGUGGAAUGAAGUGUUCGAGGUGGAGCUCGAGGAGAACCGAUUCCUCGCGCUGCUCCUGUACCAAUGGGACCCGAGGACGAGGCACCGUCUCUGUUUCUACGGCGGACUCGAUCUGGUCUCGUUGCUGCAGACGUCGGCGCCGUCGUCGCAGCAGGCCGUGGCCGGAUCCGGCGUCGACACGACGACGCCCGAAUGCACCGGCCUCGGUACCACGACUGGCGUCGGCGUCGAAUGUGGAAUUGGGUCGUCAAGAGAGCGGAUGGAGGAGACGAAACGGCGCCAACCGAGCCACGGAUUCGGCGCGUUGCUGAGUCCUUUUGUGGCGUUGGCCAACGUGAAAUUGGACAAGAUCGCGCUGCAACUCGAGCCGAAAGGUCUGCUCUACCUGGAGCUGGGCUUUGUCUCCAUGGGACAAGCGUACAGACGGCGUCAGUCGACACACGCCAUCGUGGCGGCCAGUUCGACGGGGAUCCUGUUCGGCGUGCGGAUAGAUCAGGUCGUGGAACGGGAGCAUCGGGUCGUUGAGCUGAUCGGACAGCGCGCCUAUUCGACAGCUCUGAUGGCCGGUCGGCACGGCCAGCAG